AUGUUGCAAACUCAACGAGAUGGCGCCGUAACUGCGGGUACUCAAAGUGAUUGGAUGUGUCUAAAAUCUGAAAAAAUUCCUUCCGCUCGGGUGGGUCAUACAUGUACUUAUGUCCCUUCAAAUGAGCCCAAUGACAAUGGAAGGAUAUAUUUAAUUGGUGGGGCCAGUCAUGAUGGUGUCUGCAGUGAUGUGCAUGUUCUUGAUUUAACUUCCCUAGUCUGGACCCCUCAGCUAUCUACUGGUUUUGUUGCUAGAUACGAACACACAGCUUUCUACACGGCCAGCCAUCCAACAAAAAUUUUUGUUUUUGCUGGUGCCAAUGAAUCAGGGAAUUCUGUGCCUUUGCAGAUUUUUGAAAUUAAUGAACAAAAAUGGUAUACUGCAAAAACGGAAGGACCAUCUCCACCAAUCAGAACAUUUCAUAAUGGAGCAACCUCUUCCGAUUGGCUGGUUGUAUUUGGGGGUGGAAACUUGGGAACCAAUCCAGUUCAAGAUGACAAAGUCUACAUGUUCAAUGCUGCUCAUAGUAAAUGGAAAAUUCUAGAAACGAAGGGACUGGCUCCAGAACUUAGAUUAGGACAUGCCAUGUUGAUAAUUAAGGAUCUGCUGUAUUUGCAUGGUGGUAUGGUUGGAACAUCCCUCUUUGAUGACUUGUUCACUCUUAACCUUGACAGUGGAGUUUGGUCUAAUCCUACUACUAAUGGCAAUGUACCAUCGGCCAGAGCAGGUCAUGUGAUGUUCUCAAAUCAUGAUUCAGAAUCUAUUUAUAUUUUUGGAGGAAUGACCAUGAAUGGGGCAUCUAACGAACUUUUUAAACUUAAUAUAGGUAAAGAUAAUAAAAACAAUGGAAUGGUCGGAGAUUAG